AUGGAUACUAAUGAGAGCGAGUUCUCGCAAGAGGAUGUGUUACCUAUUGCAAAAAUGGCGAUUGAGGCGGCGUUGAAAGACACGGUAUACAAUCGCAAAAAGGUGCUGGAUUGGUCAAAUACACUCGUGGCAACUGUGCUAGCAGGACUCCAGAGCCUCAACAAACCUUUUAAGUACGCAGUAACAUGCCUCAUUAUGCAGAAGACUGGCGCAGGUAUGGCAACAGCUGCCGCUUGCUUCUGGGACACGACCAUGGACGGAAAUUGUACGGUACUUUGGGAAAACAGCACCAUCAACUGCAUCGUAACUGUCUACGGUGUUGCUAUCUCCCCUCCUGCUAGUAAAAUAGACUACUAA